AUGGCUGGGCGCAAGCGCAAAGCCGGCGAAAUAGAGGACGGGGGGUCAGAUCGCGAGGGUAGCAUCAAAUCUUCACCUAGCAACAAUUUCCACAAGAACCUCAAUUCUUCCCAGCCCGCAAAGAAAGAAGCUGCUUCAGACGCGGACGAACCCCAAGAGACUAUUGAGACAGAAGCAAGCACAGAUACAACCAUCACGGUCGAGUGUCCGGUCUGGCCCAAGUCAAAGCGGUACCUUGCAAGGUUGAAACGAGAGGAUCUAUAUACCGGGCACGAUGCCCCUCUGCUGCCAGGGCCGCGCCGGCUCGAGAUCGACUACGCAGUAAAGCCCGGCAGCUCCUGGUUGAAACUACGGCAGUAUAAGAACGCGAGGUUUAAGGAUCCAAUCGACGUUACCUAUUCCGCCGGCGAAAUCGUCUACGUAAACCGUCGCCUCCCUGUACCAGCGCCACCCUCUACUGAUGCGUCGCCGGCAGAAAGACUUGCAUACGACAAGGAAAACCUUUGGGUGGGACAAAUCGCCGAGUUUCGCGCCGCUUCCACCAACAAAGUCUUUGUGAGGGUGUUCUGGCUCUAUUGGCCGGAUGAACUACCGAUGCAUCGACAACCUUACCAUGGGGAUCGGGAACUAGUGAUGAGCAACCACGUCGAGAUCAUUGAAGCGCAAACAAUUGCAUGCCACGCGGAUAUCAGCCACUGGGAUGAAUAUGACGAUACUAAUAAGACGGUGCUUGAUGAGCGAUACUGGCGCCAAAUGUACGACGUUACCAAGAUGGCGACUCCUCAUCUUGCGCUGAGCAAGCUACGGAAGUUUUGCAUUUGCGGAGGUUAUGACAACCCUGGAGUCGACAUGUUUCAGUGCCGUGCGACUGGAUGCCGGAUGUGGAAUCAUGAAAAUUGCUUGAUUGCAGACAUCGAGAAGAGGGCCUGGGAAAAGUUCAAGACAGGCAUGCUUGACCACGAAAUGCAAGAGGUGGAGGAGAACAAGACUUUCAGUCAGAAAGUCGUAGAAAAGGUUGGGCAGCUUGUGGGAAACGGCAUCGGAGUCUCCGAGGUCCACGACGGGGCGCACUCAGACAGGGUCCUGGGAACCAGCAAGCACACUAAGCUGGUAGCUGGUCAUAAAAAGCCAUGGGCUCGCAAACUGGAAGGCAGGAUCACUAAGGUGCGCAAGGCGGAAGACGAGACCACCGUUCGUGCCACUGUCCGCCAGCUUGUGCCCACUGCGAACACCAAAGCACGGCCUUCCUUCGAACCAAAGAUAUGGAACAUGGAAAUGAACUGCCUCAGGUGCCACCAUUCCCUAAAUUAG